AUGAACUUUUCUGAUAACGAAGCAGAUGACACUUCGAGUGUGGACAGUACAUCGAACACAGACAAUACUUCCCGUAGCGAAACUCCAACAAACACCCGAGUGAAGAAGAGAAGACGAGGGAAGAAAAAAGUUACUAAACAAGUUAAACCCCCUUAUAAAUUUAAUUGUAGUGCAAAAGAGGAUCAUGGACAGCCUUUAUUUGGAUGUCAAUUUAAUCACCAUUUGGGUGAAGGAGAACCUCAAAUAUUUGCUGUUGUUGGAAGUAACAGAGUGUCUAUAUACGAAUGCCCAGAGUCGGGGGGAUUUAAGUUUCUACAGUGUUAUGCAGAUCCUGAUGUGGAUGAAACCUUCUACACAUGUGCAUGGUCUUAUGAAGAAGAGACACACCUUCCACUGCUGGCUGUUGCUGGGUCCCGUGGCAUUGUUCGUAUCUUCCAUCCCGCUACACAAACAUGCAUCAAACACUACAUAGGUCAUGGACAUGCCAUAAAUGAAGUGAAAUUUCAUCCAAGAGACCCAAAUCUUCUCUUAUCUGCCAGUAAAGACCAUGCUUUAAGACUGUGGAAUAUAAUGACAGAUGUUUGUAUAGCGAUUUUUGGAGGUGUAGAAGGUCAUAGAGAUGAAGUGCUUAGUGCUGACUUUGAUUUAAAAGGGGAGAGAAUCAUGUCAUGCGGGAUGGACCAUUCUUUAAAGCUAUGGAGAUUAGAUAAACCAUCAAUGAAUGAAGCAAUUAAACAAAGUUAUAAUUUCAAUCCACAUAGAGCAUUAAGACCAUUCAAUUCCUUGAAGGAACACUUUCCAGAUUUUUCCACUAGAGAUAUUCAUAGGAACUAUGUGGACUGUGUAAGAUGGAUGGGUGAUUUAAUUUUAUCUAAAUCAUGUGAAAAUGCAAUAAUAUGUUGGAAGCCCGGUCGUUUGGAAGAGACAGAACUGCGUCCUGGAGACAAUUCUGUCACCAUUGUACAUAGAUUUGACUAUAAAGAAUGUGAAAUAUGGUUUAUUCGUUUCGCUGUGGACUACAGUCAACGGGUAAUAGCCCUUGGCAAUCAGUGCGGCAAGACUAUGGUGUGGGAACUGGGUGCGGCCGCCGGCGCCUCGCGCGCCUCGCAGCUGGCGCACCCGCGCUGCCAGGCCGCCGUGCGACAGGUGACACUAUCACGGAACGGCAAAGUCCUUCUAACUUGUUGCGAUGACGGCACUAUAUGGAGAUGGGAUCGAGUACUGAGUAGCUCU